ACCAUGUAGGGGAGCAGGUGCCUUAAAGUCUGGCUUCGCCCCCAAAAGGCCCCCAUUUACACUGUGCAAACAGACUGACUUCACUGGGGCUCUCUGCAGGUGCAGCCACCUAUCCCACCUUAUGAAUGUUGCAGGACUGGGGCCAUAGAGUGUCCUCCAGUAAACGUUACUUGCAAUAUUUUUAUCAACAGUUUUGGAUCAGUCACAGAAACCACAAUGGUCCUCCUGUAAAUGUUACCUGCAACAUAUUUAUCAACAGCUUUGGUUCAAUAGCAGAAACUACAAUGGACUACAGAGUGAACAUCUUUUUGAGACAGCAGUGGAAUGACUCACGCCUGGCUUACAGUGAAUACCCUGAUGACUCCUUGGAUUUGGAUCCAUCUAUGUUGGACUCUAUUUGGAAGCCUGAUUUAUUCUUUGCCAAUGAGAAAGGUGCAAACUUCCAUGAUGUUACAACGGACAACAAGUUGCUGAGGAUUUCUAAGACUGGGAAAGUGCUAUACAGUAUCAGGCUAACAUUAACCUUAUCGUGUCCAAUGGACUUGAAGAAUUUUCCGAUGGAUGUGCAGACUUGUACAAUGCAACUAGAAAGCUUUGGGUACACUAUGAAUGAUCUGAUAUUUGAGUGGCUAAGUGAUGGUCCAGUGCAAGUUGCCGAAGGCUUAACCCUGCCACAAUUUAUUUUGAAAGAAGACAAGGAACUUGGUUAUUGCACAAAACACUACAACACCGGAAAGUUUACAUGCAUUGAAGUCAAGUUUCAUUUGGAACGUCAGAUGGGAUACUAUUUAAUCCAGAUGUACAUUCCUAGCCUGCUGAUCGUCAUUUUGUCCUGGGUUUCUUUCUGGAUCAACAUGGAUGCUGCUCCAGCCAGAGUCGCUUUGGGCAUCACUACAGUCUUGACAAUGACUACUCAGAGUUCAGGAUCUAGAGCUUCUCUUCCAAAAGUCUCCUAUGUAAAAGCUAUCGACAUCUGGAUGGCUGUGUGCCUUCUCUUUGUGUUUGCUGCAUUACUGGAAUAUGCAGCAGUCAACUUUGUUUCAAGGCAGCACAAGGAGUUUCUGAGGCUUAGAAGAAGACAAAAGAGACAAAACAAGGAAGAUGAUGUUACCCGUGACAGUCGAUUCAAUUUCAGUGGUUACGGGAUGGGUCACUGUCUCCAGGUCAAAGAUGGCACCGCAGUCAAGGCCACUCCUCCAAACCCCCCUCUGGCACCACCAAAGGAUUCAGAGUCCAUCAGAAAGAAGUUUGUUGACCGUGCAAAAAGGAUUGAUACAAUAUCCCGAGCUGCGUUCCCACUAGCCUUCCUCAUUUUCAAUAUCUUUUACUGGAUUACGUACAAAAUUAUACGGCAUGAAGAUAUUCACAAGAAAUAGGCAACUCUAUGGGGGUGCUGGGACUCUGUAGCCAAAGCGAUUUGCUUGUAAAUAAACAGUGAAAUGUCUUUCUGUCAUUUGGACUGAGGAUUUUUUUUCACCCAUGCUACUGAAGAGAAGACGACAAAAAAAUGGAACGGAAGAAAAAGCAUAGGAAAAAAGUGAUCAACAACAAAAGCAAGAUGCCGUGGGACCAUGCAAUACGGAUCCCCUUACAUACACUCAAUAUUGUUCUUCCAGAUUCUGCAUUGAUCAGACGUUCUUAAACAGGGCCAAAUUUUACUCAACAAUGUCACUAAGAUAUUGAAAAAAAUAAAAACAACAGACCAACCUGAAACACCUACUAUGGGACUGUAGUGGCUACAGUACAGUGAGUUAUAAGAGGACCAAACUUAUUCAGGAUAAUGCUGCCUUUCUAUUUGAAACAAGUCUACUGAGCUACAUUCCAUUCAAAUGUCUGUAGUUAGCAGUUCACCAAGAAGUCCUUUUGUGCGUUGUAACUUAUUUCUACUAACAGGGAAAAAUGAUUUAUACUUUAAUAUCCUUGUGGGUGUGUAUUUUAAUAUUAUCUUGCUUUAUUAGAAUUGUAAUUUUGGGGUCAAACUUGUGUAUUGUGCUAUUUAUUUGAUAGCUGACACUCAUAGAAACCAGUUAAACUGCCCAUUUUAUUUUUGUUCUAAGAGAGUGCACUUAUUUCAUUUCAUUUCUGCUGUUUUUACAUGCAACUUGAGGUGCCAAACUGUAUUUUACCUGUUGUGCUACCCUGUACCACACUAUUUAUUAAGAACUUGUUUCCUGGCUGGUGUAGCUCAGUUUAGCAUUGACUUUCUAUUUCUUUCCAUUACUGGUCUCAUUGUAGCUGCAACUGAUAGCUCUGUAGGUAAACACAACUUGUUUACAGACCUCUAAUUUGUAUCUUUACUCGAAGUGGCGAUCAUUUUAAAUAUCAUUGACUAACCUAAGAAUUUUAAAACUGUACUGUGAUUUUCAUAACCUGUUACCUUUUGGUGCCAGAGCUACGUGGUUCAAAUCCUUGCUACAUGUUUUAAAGUAGAAAAAAAUAAAAAUUGAAAUAAA